AUGAGCUCAACCAACUGCAGGUUCUACGAGAACAAGUAUCCCGAGGUGGAUGAAGUCGUUAUGGUCAACGUCCAGGAGAUCGCUGAGAUGGGUGCCUACGUCAAACUUUUGGAAUAUGACAAUAUCGAAGGUAUGGUGUUAUUGUCUGAGUUAUCCAGAAGACGUAUUCGUUCGAUCCAGAAAUUGAUCAGAGUGGGGAAAAACGAAGUUGCCGUUGUCUUGAGAGUUGAUAAAGAGAAAGGUUACAUUGACUUGUCAAAGAGAAGAGUUUCAGCAGAGGACAUUGUCAAGUGUGAUGAGAGGUAUAACAAGUCCAAGGCAGUCCACUCAAUAUUGAGACACUGUGCAGAAAAAUUUAACGUACCGUUGGAGAAAUUAUACGAAACUGUUGGAUGGCCAUUGAGCAGGAAAUACGGCCACGCUUACGACGCAUUCAAGAGAUCAAUUACAGACCCAACUAUUUUCGAGGACCUUGAGUCGCCAUCAGCGGGAGUAUUGGAAGAGUUGAAAUUAUACAUCUCAAGAAGAUUAACACCACAAGCAAUCAACAUUAGAGCAGACGUUGAAGUUUCAUGUUUUGGAUACGAAGGUAUCGACGCCAUCAAAUCGGCUUUGAAAGCAGCAGAGGCAGUAUCCACUGAACAUAUGCAAGUGAAGGCAAAAUUAGUUGCUGCUCCAUUAUACUUUCUUUCAGUACAAUCAUUAGACAAAAACCAAGGUAUUGCGCUUUUGGAGACAGCCAUUGAAAAGAUCACCGAGAGCAUAGAGUCAAACGGUGGUGUGUGCAAAGUCAACAUGGCACCUAAGGCCGUUACUGCCUCAGAAGAUGCCGAGCUUGAGCGUAUGUUGGUGAGCAAAGAAGCAGACGACAAGGAAGAUUCCGACGAAGACGAUGAGUAA